AUUCAUUGCGUCGCCCACACGAGGAUUUGCGUCAAGCCGGCGCGUGGGAGUGAGAGAGCAAUGCAGUUUACAUCGGAAUAUCCCCGCACAAGCGAGAGAGACACUCAGCGAGAGAGAGACAGCACCGAUGAGUCUUCAACGCACUUUCUCUCCUUCGCGAGAGGCGGAGCGCUGUCUCGAGACAGCGGCGAGCACCGGGAGCACUCGCGCGCACCAGAUGCGAACGAGAGCCAUGUCAGUGCUGCUGCCACGGUCCUUGGGCGAGCUGCAACUGUACCGGAUCCUGCAAAAGGCAAACUUGCUCUGCUACUACGAAGCCUUCAUCCAGCAGGGCGGCGACGAUGUGCAGCAGCUCUGUGAGGCUGGUGAGGAAGAGUUCCUUGAGAUCAUGGCCCUUGUCGGAAUGGCGACCAAACCCCUUCACGUUCGAAGACUCCAGAAGGCUUUGCGGGAUUGGGUCACCAACCCUUCCAUCUUCAACCAACCGUUGACGUCUCUUCCUGUUUGCAGUAUACCAGUGUACAAGCUACCCGAAAGUUCCCACAGCAAUGGGCAACAGAACCAGCUUGCGGUGCCCAGGGCGUUAUUACCCACAAGCCCCAGUCCUGGAAGACUGGAUCUAAGCAGGUACGGCAUGCCAGGGUGCUCCCCACUGCAAGGGGCUAGCGAGACUCGUUUCUGGGGAAGCGAGAGCGAGCACAGCCUAUCUCCAUCUGGAGCUGGUUCUCCGUGUUCACCUCACGACACUCUCGAUGCUCUCGAUUCUGCCGCUGUCCAGUGCGUGAUGGAGUGCGUAGAGCGACUAGCCCAAACAUUGUCCAAGAGCGACCUCACGGAAGUCAAAGAACACAUCCGCGCCAAUAAGAAGCUCAGCAAGAUGAUCGGCCACAUCUGCGAGAUGAGCAAAGACAAUCCGCAGAAGGAGGCGGAGAUUCGGAAAUACAGCGCCAUCUAUGGGCGGUUCGAUUCCAAGAGGCGGGACGGCCGGCAGCUUACGAUGCACGAGCUAACGGUCAAUGAAGCAUCCGCUCAGCUGUGCAUGAAAGAUCUAUCGCUGCUGACCCGAAGAGAUGAACUUUUCUCACUGGCCAGGCAGAUUUCACGCGAAGUUACCUACAAAUACACCCGCAGGAGCAGCAGGUCCCACUGUGGUGAUGAAGAUGAACCAUCUACCAAGAGGAUCAAAUCUGAAGAUGGUGUCUACGAUCUACAGGAGGCUCUUCACGUUCUUCAUACGCGUCAGGAGACGGUGAGAGAGCAGCUCGCAAUCGCCAAAUCUAAAGGAGAGGAGACGAUCAGACAUAGUCUACAGGUACAGCUGGACUCUUUGUUGGCCAAACAGGUGGAGCUCUUGCGUGAUGCUGCUGUCCAAGAGAGACUGAAAUCGUUGGACUGGCGGAUUCCAACUGCGGCACUGAAAUACCUCGCUCCCACUGCUCAACACUGCAACAGCGGCCUCUCACAUCUCUCUGGCGAGAGACCCCUAAACUUGCAUCUGACCGAUGUGCCGCUGGGCAGGCAAUUAGCCAAUGAGCUCAAACGACAUCACAAACAGAACGCAGAGGAACGACAUCAUAAUCAACAAACCUUUGAAGAUAGAAUGACAGCGGCCAUAGAAAAUGGGUCUCAGAAGGAGCCCAGGCUUCUGGAAAAGAAGACCAUCAAAUCAGAACCAGAGGACUCCAGAUAACAUCUUGAGCCUCAAAGUGAAACCUGCGUUUUGUUUGCUCAGUGGAUUUAGUACUGAAACUGUGUGGCCUUAAGAACUGUAAAUGUCUAGAGAUCCAUUUAUUUAGAUUUUUAAUUCUUAAGAAUUAUUUUUAUUUCUAAUUUUAGAGCAAAAAACAUGAAUG